CAAGAGGAAAGAAAUAGACAACAAAGCCAAUUUUGGAUGCAAUGCUUUGCCCAGCCUGCAUCUGCAGAAAAAACAGAAUUCCAAAAAGAAGAAUUAAAUUCUCAGAAAGUCUAUACUGUGGGACAACUAGAACUAGAAGAGAAAUACUUGUUAAUUUCAAAAAAUCAUAUAGAAACAG